AUGUCGUCCUCGAAGGAAAAAUCGAUGGAGUCGCGUGUAGGAAGGAGUAAACAGCGUUACAACUCGAAGAAUGAGCGCCUCGUGGCCGGCGUCGUGCCGCUGACCGAGGACAAGCGCUUUGUGCUGCUCAUCCAAUCGACACGUCGGAAAGGCUGGGUGCUGCCCAAGGGCGGCUGGGAGACAGACGAGGAGUGCACCGAGGCGGCCGAGCGGGAGGCCUGGGAGGAGGCCGGCAUCUUCGUCCAGAUCGACUACGACCUCGGCGACAUACCCGACACGCGCGCCCCGAAACACGGCAGCAGCAAGGACAAGUGCUUAUACCGGUUCUACGAAGCCACAGUGACCCGGCAGGAAGACAAGUGGCCCGAAGCGCACAAGAGGGAGCGGCAGUGGAUGACGUAUGCGCAGGCCAAGGAUGCUCUGGCGCUGCGGCCGGAGCUCCUUGAAGCUCUCAACAGGUGUACCAUGACGCGUUGA